GUUGGUUCCAUAAGGCUUACUAUUGUGAAGCGAACACACUUUCUCAGACUAAAGGUUAUAUGUCCAUACUGAAACAACGAAAAGUCAGUUGGUUUGUGUAAGCUUGGUACGAAAAUAUUGGAUAUUGAGAUAGGUACAUUGUGCUGGUGACUGGCGGAUAUUCGAUUGUACAUCUCCACAGCUGUUUCAAUGGAUAAAGUAAAGCAGUGGUUUACACGAGAUGAUGAUGAACAAGGAAUAUUCACAGACGUCGAAAAUGGUUGUUCUUUGAGCUGGAGUACACGUAUAAAAGCGUUUAUCAUAUGCUUAGUAGUGGGUAUCGUGAUGUCACUAUUGGGAUCCUUAUGUUUGUGGUUGCCUGGAGCAGGUAUCACACUCUUUGCACUGUUUUAUACGCUUGGCAACAUAUGUUCUUUGGGAAGCACGAUUUUCCUGAUGGGACCCGUAAGUCAGUUAAAACGUAUGUUUCAGGAGACUAGAAUUUUCGCAGCAGUAAUCAUGCUGGUAUGUUUGGUUCUCACAAUCGUUUUCGCAAUACUGGAACUUCGUCUCCUCUGCUUAAUAUUUUGCAUUCUCCAAUCGUUGUCGUUGACAUGGUAUUCACUCUCGUAUAUCCCUUAUGCUAGGGAUGCAGUGAAACGAUUAUGUUCUUCAUGUGUUGGAUGAAUUCUCUUUCUUUAAAUAUAUAUCAGAUUAUGAAUAAUACUAUUUAUGUAAAAUUACAAAAAAAUCGACAACUACAUCAGACUAGUUUUCUUUUUGGUACUGUGUGUAACUGAUCUCUGGUGCCUGAAUUUGUAAUAUUCCUCGAUUGGUUCGAUGUAUUUUUUUUUAAAUCUUUUCAUUUUUGCAAUCUCUUUGAAUAUGACUACGUUUUUUCUUUUUGUUUUUGUUUGUCGUAAACUAACAAACAAACAAAUGACAAAUUCCUAUGAAUUAAUCAUUUAUCUCCAUGUGAACAAUUUAUCCUUGUGAUUAAUCCGUUUUUAUUGGUCGGUCAAUGUGCCUUCAAAACUUUGUACCUUCGAUAUUAACCAAAGAAUAUUAACUCCUUUUUUUUUAUAACAUUAUGAUGUGUGAUCUUGUAACGUCAUUAUACCAUGGUAAGUUGUAUUGUUGUGAUACAAGGUGAAAAGAAAGUAUGUUGUUUUAAGUCUUUAUCCGUUCUUUGUAUUUAUACCAGCAACAAAAAACCUCCGGUUCAAAUCCGAUUGAGUAACAUUGCUUACUUCAUAAGUGUAUAUACUUGGUCUGUGAUAUGUUCUGAUUAGCUGGAUUUGUUAUAAUCAAUCAGUGAUUCUAUUUACAGAAGAUUCAAGUGUAUCACCUGGGUUUGUUUGAACAUCUUAUGUAUAAACCGAUCGUGAUUAUAUUUAAGUGAUCUAUACAUUGUAGUGUUUUCUUCCAUUUGAUUAUGUAGUCAACUAAAUAAUAAAAAAAGUACUUGUACAUUUUUUUCAA